UGCAAGGCAGAGAAAAUGGCUUCCGGUAUGGUGGUGUCGGCAUUGCUCUCUGGCGUAUGUCAAGUGCUGUUUGACAGGCUGGCUUCUCCCCAGCUCAUGAGCUUCUUCCGACGCGAUCAGACACUCCCGGACAAGCUGAGGAUAGUUCUGCUGACUGUUCAUGCAGUGCUCAUAGAUGCAGAGGAGCAGCAGAUCACGAAUCUGAGGGUGAAAGAGUGGGUCAAGAUGCUCGAAGAUGCUGUCUACCGAGCUGAAGAUCUGUUGGACAAGAUCGAUACUUGGCAACGCAAAUCAGAAGCUGACGCGAAGGUCAAGGGAAAAUCGAAGGUCAACGGAAAUGAGGUAAGAAACAAAAAAAUAGAAUCUAAGCUCACAGAAAUAGUUGAAGAACUAGAUCUUUUAGCAAAGCAGAGAGAUCUCCUCAAUCUUAAGAAAAGUGUAAGUGUGAAACCACCACCCAUGUCGCCCACAACUUCUUUGGUUGAUGAAUCUGAGGUGUUUGGUAGAAAUAAUGAUAAAGAGAAGCUAAAAAGAAAAUUGCUUACUGAUGAUGCACCAGAAAAUAGAAUCCCUGUGAUUGCAAUAGUAGGGAUUGGUGGGGUUGGCAAGACAACCCUCUCUCAGCUUUUGUAUAAUGAUUCUGAGGUGAAGGGUAGAUUUCACUUGAGGGCAUGGGCUUAUGUUUCAGAAGAAUUUGAUGUUUUUAAGGUAACUAGAACCAUUUACGAGUCAGUCACUCAAAUGAGUUGUAAUGUCAGAGAUCUGAAUCUUCUUCAAAUUAAACUACAGAAGAGACUAAAGGAAAAUAGAUUCUUGCUAAUAUUAGAUAAUAUUUGGAAUGAGAAAUUUAUUGAUUGGGAUUUGCUGUCAAGACCCUUAAAAAAUGGAGCUUCUGGAAGUAGAAUUGUUGUGACAACUCGUAAUCAACGUGUUGCAACACUGAUGGGUGCAUUUUUCACUCAUCCUUUGUCACAUUUGUCUGAUGAUGAUUGCUGGUUAUUAUUUGCAAAACAUGCAUUUUGGACUAGCAAUUAUGAAGAAGCCUUCAAAGAAAUCGGUGAAGAAAUUGCAAAAAAGUGCAAGGGUCUGCCUUUAGCUGCAAAAACGUUAGGUGGUCUCUUGCUGUCAAAAGAGAAAGAAGAAUGGAAUAGAAUAUUGAAGAGCAAGCUAUGGGAUCUACCUGAAGAUAAUAGCAUACUUCCAGCUUUAAGAUUGAGUUAUAAUUAUCUCCCUUGGCAUCUCAAACGAUGCUUUAAUUACUGUUCGAUGUUUCCUAAGAAUUAUGAGUUUAGAAAAGACAAAUUGAUUCUUUUGUGGAUGGCGGAAGGUUUUUUGCAGUCACCAACUGAUAAGGAAACAAUGGAACAACUUGGUAGAGAGUAUUUUCAUCAGCUAUUUUCAUGGUCAUUUUUUCAAAAAUCAAGUCACAAUGAAUUGUGCUUUGUGAUGCAUGACCUUAUCAAUGAUUUAGCUCUGUUAACAUCUGGAGAAUUUUAUUGCAAGUUUGAGGAUGGCAAGCCUUCUGACUUCUUGAGAAAGGAGCGGCAUUUUGCAUGCUUGGCGGACCAACUUGAUGGCCCUGAAAAGUUUAGGGACUCUAUUAGCAAGUUUAAGGAUCUGCGAACCUUCCUUCCACUAAGAACGGUUUCGAACAUGAGUCGAACUACUGGCAUAAGUAGAGUAUUUUGUGAUGAAUGGUUGCCAAAACUGAAAAACUUGCGGGUGCUCUCUUUUUCUUGUUAUGCUAUCUCUAAGUUACCUGACUCUUUGAGCGAGAUGAUACAUCUACGCUACUUGGACCUUUCUCAAACUUUGAUUGCGGAGUUACCCAGUUCGACGUGUUUAUUGUUUAAUUUGCAGACGUUGUUGUUGUCUGGGUGCCGUCAGCUCACUAUGUUACCAGCAAAAUCUUUGGGGCUAUUGAUAAAUUUACGCUACUUUGACCUUUCUCAAACUGCAAUCACAGAGUUACCCAGCUCGACUUGUUGUUUAACAAAUUUGCAGACAUUGUUGUUGUCCGACUGUCAUCGUCUCACUAUGUCACCAGAGCAGAUUAGACGAUUCAGUAAUUUACGCCUUCUUGAUGCGAGUCAUAAAACGAGCUUGCAGCCUAGGUUGAUUCGACAUUGAAAUAUGCUUGGUAGCUUUCACUGUUAAGAAGUCCGCUUAUAUGAGUUGAG